CCCUGCGGGUACGAGGACCAUUGGGCUGACAAGAGCUCUUGGCUGAGCCGACAACUCAGGUGAAGACGUGCAGUUGACUUGCCAGUGCGAUUCCAGCCAUGUCCUAUUCUCGAUCGUGAUCCCAAUUCACGCCAACCCACAAUGGCAGACCCUCGGCCAGAUACUUACAAUGGCCCUCCUUACGGCGUCCCGGACCCUGCCACUCAGGGUACGCAAACGCCGGCGGCAAACGAGUUCACGAGGCCGUUCACCCUUUACGAGGCGCUUCCAUACACACCCUUCUCUGCGAUCGCUCCGUUUGACUCAGGCGUUCUCCCGUCACCAUCAAUAGGCUCAGCAUCCCCAGCGCCGCCUGUAACCGACCUCGUGCCUGGUCUCGAAUUUGCUGCCCUGAACCAGGAGGCCGCGACGCAGAAUGCCCCUUCCAAACGUCUCCAACAGGCAGUCAGCCAAGUCCAACAUCUAUUAGAGCGUGGGAAUAUUCCUCAGUUCAAGUUCAAGACUGGCCCGAAGGAGGCCGCCAAUUUCUCCACGACCACCAAGCCACCUUUCCUGAUGGCGACCCUUUCACCAUUUUCCAAACUGGUAUGCGACCAGACCACGCUGCCUUUCCGCUACCCGACUCCCGACACUCCAACCUCUAAGUCCGCAAACAAUCAAGUGGUAGAUGUUAAGGUGCCACUCCCAACGAAUCCUCCCUCCCCGCAGGUGCAGAAGCCGGCACGGCCAACGCAGGACCCGAACACAGCGGUCAAUCGGCAAGCGCAUGCGUACAAUAAGGCACGGCUUGAGAUUGUCCUACCGACUAAGAGUCAGUUGGAGGCUGCAGCCGCGGCCGUUAGCAAACCUGCUGCUGUCACACCUUCUGGGAUUCAGCCGUCUCGUCUUAGACCAACGCAGCAACCGGUCCCCCUCAGCCCAGAUGAGCUUACCCAAGAUCCAGCCCUAGGGCGGCCAGUGGAAACGCCGUUGCAAGCGCCGCCGGCCUCUCAAAGAUCUGCUAUAGCUAUCGAGCUGCCUGGUGCGGCAAAGAUCAACAAAAGCGAGUAUCAAGUUGUUCCAGUUGAGCCAGAUGAGCCCGCGAAUCUAUCACUGAAGAAACGGAAACGGGAGGAGCUCGACGGUGACGACAUUUACGGAGUGAGCUUGGACAUGCGCCAGAGAGCGGAUGCGGCAUUGAACGAAUUAAGGCUCUUUUUGCACAAUGCCUUCCAGGCCGAAGACCACGCUCUAGCGCAGCAAUACGGAGACGAGACUGUCAUGCUUGUCUCGGACAACGAGGCAACACUGACGGCUGCUGCCCAAUCCAAGGCGCAAACACUGCUAAGGAAGGUUAUAUCGCUGAAUUGCUAUCAAAGGGUUCCGCUUGAUCACCUCCUCCGCCUCCUCCGUCUCUCCGAAGGCUCAUUAAGACGCAUUGAGUCACUGGACAUCAAGGUUGAUGAGUCAUGGGGCGCCGCUGAUGUUGAUCAAUGGCUGCAACAGCUGCCCAGUCUGGAGACGGCAAUGCGAGCUGCGCGGACAUCGUUGAGGAUGAUGUGUGGCGAUCGCGAGGAUAAGCAGCUGUACCCGGAGGAUAUGAUUGAGCACUGUCUUAACUUGUGCAAGCGGCUCAUUGACGGCGUCGUGAUCCCCGUCGUGGAACUGAGGAGCGACCAAAAUACGGCCGAGCUGUUCAGGACGCUCUCUUCUAACAAGAAGAGAAUCGUCUCUCUGUUUACGGACUGCCAGAAGCUCUUCUCGGCCAUGUCGACCUUGAUAUCCAAAGUCGACACCUCAGACACCGUCACCAAUACCCUGGAGUUUGCGGCAUCGCGGCUCAUCUUCAUGGAGACGGCCAAUGCUGAAAAGGAUUCCGUCAUUGACACGCAGAAGUUUGACGGGCUCCGCUUGGUUGCCAUGGACAUGCUCUCCCAGAUUUUCCUCCUGAAUCCAUCGCAGCGCCAAGGAAUCUUUGAUGAGAUCCUUACGUCGUUGGAGAAACUGCCGCUAGGUAGACGGGCCCGGACGUUCAAGCUCGUUGAUGGCAGCAACAUCCAGCCCGUUUCUGCUCUCAUCAUGCGCCUUGUCCAGACCAGUGCUGGCAAAGUUGAUGACGGGAAAGGCAAGAAUCGCAGAGGCGGCAUGGUUAUCCAAGAUAGCCAUGAGGUGAACGGUGGCCGCGAACGGACUGCGCUUGAAUCGUUUACUAUCCAGAACGAAGAACAUGGUGCGAUACAACAUUCCACGGCCAUCCAAGAAUUAGAUGGCGUCGCCACCCCGUUACUGGACACCGCCAAAGCCAAUGCGUCGUAUGUCAUCAAAUUCAUCGUCAACCGGGCCCUCAAAUCAACCAAAUCCGGCGACACUCCUUACCGUAAUUUGCUCGAUCUCUUCGUCGAGGAUUUUACAACGUGCUUGGACAAUCCGGAUUGGCCAGCUGCUGAACUACUCCUGCGACUGCUGAUGGUUAUGAUGGUCAGUCUAGUGGAAAAUGACAAGUCUGGCGUCCCGGCGAAGAACAUGGCACUCGAGCUUUUAGGUACCGUGGGCGCAGCAAUUUCAAAACUCCGCGGUCACGUUAGGAAGAUUGCGAACGCCCUUGAUUCGAGAGAUGCGGACGAACUUGCGAUGUUCCUCUCCGACCUUGCAGCCUCAGCGCUGGAGCUGAAUUCUCGUCCGGAACACAUGGUCGCUUGGACAGGCCCGUAUCGGGCUACCGUCGAAUACCUCGAAAGCCGCUUCUCCGAAGACCCCCAUUUGGCCAGCGCCAUCUCCUUCAUCGUGUCUGACUGGGCCGCCAAGGUCUGCGCUUGUUACGACUCUUACGAGGAUGGCCUGCUCGAGCGCGAUCAAGAACUGGGCCGGCUGGCCUACCGGCUGCGAGAAAUGAUUCAGGACCGCCGCUGGUUAUCUAACGAGUAUUCUUUCAGGAACGUGAGCCCUAGCCAGGCUAAGCUAUCCUACUCCAUCACUCUCCUACGAUCCCAGCUUUGCGAGGCCUUCAGUGCCAUCUUGAACAUUCUCCUAAACUCGAUGGCUAGCGACCAGCCGACAGUCAGGAGCAAGAGCUUGAAGAGUAUCAACCAGGUUCUGGAGACUGAUCCCUCCAUUCUGGAUGGCGACUCUGUAGUCGUCCAGUUGAUCCUUCGGUGUUCCAAUGAUCCGUCCACGCAGGUCCGAGACUCUGCACUGGGUCUCAUUGGCAAGUGUAUCGGCAUGCGGCCCGCACUUGAGGAGAAGAUGACGGAGACGGUGAUUGACAGGUUCUCCGAUGCCGGUCCAGGAGUGCGAAAGCGAGCCAUGAAGCUGGCAAAGGAUAUCUAUCUUCGCAACAGCAACAGGACCCUCCGGAGCGCCAUUGCUAACGGGUUACUCCACCGCGUUCAGGACCCAGAAGAGAGCGUGAGAGACCUCGCGCGCCAGGUUAUCGAAGAGAUCUGGUUUACGCCCUUCCACUCCGGUGAGAAUUCAGCACCGUCUCAACUAUCUCUCUCAGAGCAUGUCACCCUCAUGGUGCAGACGGUUAAGCGCGGCAAUGUUGCAAACGUGCUCGACAAGGUCUUGCAGACCCUCCUGGCCCCGGAGUCAAAGUCCGCACAGGCAUCCAUGGAGGUGUGCACGAAGCUUGUCGCGAGCAUGUUUGACCUGGUGGACAACGUCGAUUCCAGCGAACCGUUAGCCCCCUCUGGAAGGGAUGUUCUUCAAGUCCUCAUGAUCUUUGCCAAAGCGGAAGCGAGCCUCUUCACUUUCGAGCAGCUGCGUCUGCUGAAGCCCCAUAUCACGAGUAUUAGCAGCAGUGAGGACCUGGCAGUGUCACGAGCAGUAGUCGUCAUUUACCGCCGGGUCCUGCCCCAGUUAUCAAGCGCACAUGCUCAAUUCCUUGCGGACGUGCGCAAAGAGCUUAUGCCUGCCGUGUCCAAAGUCACACGGGCGCUGCUGGACGACAUCAUGGCGUGUCUGUGGAUCAUCAGCACCCUGCUGGAGUCUUCGGAGCACCUCGCCCGACUGGUGCUGUCAAGUCUGACAGCUAUCCAGAAGCUGCGCAUCAUGAGUCAGAAGGAGCCUCUCGACCAGCUUAAAAUCCGCCAAUUCGACCGAUAUUCGCUCAUCGUUGGCAUGGCCGGGAAGCACUGCAACCUCGACAGCCACCUGGAAUUGUUCAGGAAAAGCUUCUCAAAGUGGAACGGGGAUACCGCUUCGAAACUCAUGGUCGAUGUUGUGAUUCCUUUCGCCAAUCCAUCCCAGCCUAUGGAUGUCAGGAAAGCCGCUCUUGACUCGGUUGGGCUGGUCUGCCAAACCUCGCCGCGAAAUUACGUGUCCGCCAACGUUUACACUACGUUCCAGCAGGUGUUUGACGACCAGGUUCCCCUUCUGGAGACGAUGAUCUUGCGAUCGCUCAAAGAGUUCCUGUUCGCUGAGGAGAAGCGCUCGGAGGAAGCGUCCGAGGCACCUGGCAUCAACGGGGGCAAGAUUGAGAAGAAGCGCGAGCUCACGGUGAUUGGGGGCACCAAUUACGAUGAUGUAGCAAGUGCCACGACCCAUCGGUUCUUGAAGGAGAUCACCCGCAUCGCCACUCUUACCCAGGACGAUCACGCCUUCCUCGCUGCGGAGGUGCUCGCCAGCAUCAACCGCCAAGGCUUGGUGCAUCCGAAGGAGACAGGAGUGACAUUCAUAACCCUGGAGACCUCGUCCAACCCGCGGAUCUCGGAGCUUGCGUUCUUGGAGCACAAAUCUCUCCAUGCCAAGCAUGAGACGGUUGUCGAGCGGGAGUAUGUGAGGGCCAUCCAAUCCGCCUUUGCGUACCAACGGGACAUCGUAAAAGACCCGCACGGUUCUACGACGAACCCCUUUACUCCCAAACUGCAUCUGUUGAUGGAAGUUCUCAAGAUCAGCAAGUCCAAGAAUCGUCAGAAGUUCCUCGAGAAGUUAUGUACGCAAGUGGACUUUGACAUCUCAAAGCUUGACACCUCGGAGGAACUCCCGCCACAUGUCCAGUACUCACGCUUUAUCGUUGAGAACCUCGCAUACUUCGAGUACCUGACAGUCGGCGAGGUGCACUGCACAGUCAGCGCCAUGGAGAAGCUCGUGACCGCAACCGGCGCCAACGUUGCACAAGCCAUCGAGUCGGAAGUCUUGCAGCUCCGACUGGACGCGCUGGAGACUAGCCUGACCCAGCAGCAACAUGCAGCAACAGCUUCCGGGGACCAGAUGCAACCCCAGCCAGAACCCCUUUCCGUCCAGCCAAGCGUCACCAUCGACCUCGCCCGUCUUCGCCAACUGACCGCAGGGUCAAUGAUCCUCCUCGCGCUUUGGGAAGUGCGCACGUACCUGCGCCGGCUCUACGGCCUGGGCACCAACCGGCGCGAGAGCAAGGGCAAACUCCAGGCCAAGGAUCUCAGCAAGCCGCCCGUCAAAGUCCAGGGUAUCACGGGUGACAAGGUCUGGGAGGAGAUCGGCCACAUCAUGACGGCGCUCGUCGACCGGGACCGCAUGAUGACCACGUGCAGAGCGCUUGUGGAGUUGAUGAGCGUUGACAAGGAAUUCUUGGUGGCUGUUGAAGAGGAUGGAGACGUGGUUAUGGACAUGGGGAUGGGCGAGGAGGCUGAGUUGGGAAGUGGCGGCGAGGAUGAUCUCGAAGGCCACCCCCCUGCCGCCGGCGGUGGUAGACGGGGGAGGAAACGCAAGUCGGAGGGCGGGCCGGAGCCAAAAAAGAAAAAGCCCAGGUCAGGCUCGCAGCCGAGGAAGAGGGGGCGGCCCAGGAAGCAGAGUAUUGAGCCGGCACCUGAUGCCGAUGGGGAUCUUGAUGGGGAGUGGUUCUGAUUUCAUUUCUCGAGGAGGAGAGGUU